GCUCUUCGUUUGCUCGACGUCGUACCACACUGUAAGUCUCAUUAAUCGAUUGCGAUCCACAAGCCUGCCGUAAAAAUGCCAUCAAAGUGCCCCGUUUGCAACAGAGAGGCAGUUGAUGUAGAAGAAGGAGGAGAACUAGUUUGUACAGAGUGUGGAGCUGUUGUGGAGGGUAGAGUUUUCAACUUUGAUGUUGAUCGUCAAAAUGGCUACACCGCCAUGACAGCUGAUGGUACGGCAAAGUUUGAUGGACGUUACGAUCUACCAAGUACAGUAAGGCAGCGACUACCGACAAGCGACACUUCAGUUUCUAAAAAGCGACUUCAGAAGUUCCUGUAUGAGCUUGCAAAGCGCAUGAAUCUUCCGAACGAAACUGUAAAGGAAGCAAAGGAUUUUCUCUUAACUACUGUAACAUCAAAAAUUAAAUCAGGAGAAAUUCGACAUAUAAGUCGUCACAGAGACAUUCUUACUGCGAGUUGUCUGUUUAUCGUUUGCAGGAGGAAUCACAUGCAAAUAAACUACAGACGUAUGGCCGAGAUCGCGCAAUGUAACAUGUUUAGUCUCGGUAAAUCGGUGAAAAUCAUUUUAAAAGCUCUCGAUCUUCAAUUGGAGCCGAUUGGAACUGAGUCUUCGCUAGGAUGUGUUCUUGCUCAGUUGGAUGUCGAGGAUAAGUCUGCUGAGAAGACCUGCUUUGAUUUGUUUCACAUUUUUAAGUACUUCAGUCUGGUCGGCGAGAGAAAUCACUUUGCCUCUGCUAUGGCUUUGGUUCUUAUUGUACUGGAAGGUAAAAGAAUCCCUCCGCGCAAAGAAAAGAUUGCAGAAGUGUUAGGCAAAAAUUCUGUGACAGACACCCAGCUGAAAUCACAAUCAAAGAAUACCAGAAGGGGUUUAAUCGAACUGGCAAAAGAUGUACCCUGGAUUCCAAAAUCACUUAAGACGACUGCCAUUGCUAGGCAUAUUGAUGACAUUGUUGAUUUCCACAAAAACUGUGGAAAGAUGGAUUUGUCUGCAGUUAAGUCUCUAUAUAUGAAGAGGAAAGAACUUGCACAAAACAAUCGUAAGAGAAAGAUACAGAUGGCUAAAGCACGCAUAGACAAGGAAAAAAAGCAACAGCUUUGCAGCUCAAGGGAAGACAGUUCAUCUACUACUGAUACCCUGGCUGAUCUUUCAGGUCCAAGCAGUUCUUUAACUAACCAAAGUAAGGAUGGUGGUGUAACAGGGGACCCAGUAACACACAAUUUGCAUGUUGAUGGUGUUGACAGAGGCCAGCAGAGUACUUCUGCAGAUGCUCCAGAGUUUAGCAUGGACAGUGAGUUGGAUGAUAAUGAUACCUUGAUAGAAGGCCUGUUGAGGAGUGGCUACUCUGAGGAAGAGUUGAUGGAUGGUUAUUUUGAAUCAAGAAUGGUUGAUCUUCAGGGCAGCUGUGACCCUGAGGGGGAGAGAGAAGAUCUGGAUGAACUUGAUAUCAGUGAGUCUGAUAUGCAUCAUUAUUUGAAGUCUGUUGCUGAAGUGGAACGAAUAAGGAAUCUUCAGAAAGAUGACUCUCAUCAAGCAGAAGGACAAAGUCAGUAAAAGACAGGCUGAAAUAAUCAGUGAAAUUAUCAUUUAAAGACAGUCCUCGCGACUUUCAGUUUAUCUAUUUAUUGUUUAGCAACUAGAAUUGACAGACGGUCCUGCCUUAAUUUGAGUGCAGGAAAUGUUGACAUGCCUAUUUUGUGUUUCAUGUGAAAUUCCUUAUGUCCUCAUGCCCAUUUGGCAUUUUGCCAUGUUACUUGUUAUUCUUUUUUCAUUAAUAAGUACAGGCUGUGGUCUUAUUAGUGAAGGGGUUUCAAAAUAUGUUAGCCACCACUGGAGUUCUAUCAGCAACUUUAAAAUGUAUUGCCAGUUUCUCUGGUCAAAAUAAUUACCUUUUGGCACUUAAUUUACUUUUCAUUGUCACCUACUUUUGCUGAGUGAGAUGCUUCAAAAAAUUUUAAAAAACCCCUGUUAGGGCUGAGUGGCAAUUGAAAAUAACAUGAAAUGGUGACUGAAAUACUCUGGAGAUUUGAUGCUUUCUCCUCAAAGAAGUCCAAUUUUCAGAGAAGACAAUCCCUUGUGUACAAUCACAUGAUUUCUAUUGGGACAACAAAACAAUCAGAUGAACAAGAUCUAUAAUAACCCUUCAAUGGGAGUGACCAAGAGAGAAUUUCUCCGUACAAUAUCAAUACAAUAACAAGCAGAAAUGUAAUGAGAAUAAAGAAAGAUAUAAAUUAGGGACUUAUAAGUUGAUCCAAUACCAAGUUCUCCAAAUUAACACCUUGAGAAUUGUAUGGCAGGCAGCAAGGAAAAUUUCUAAUGAGAUCUUCAGAGUGAAAGGGUUAAAUUUUUGUAACAUGGACGGAACUUUGUAACAAGCUAUACUUGAAACUGCAAGGUUAUUUUGAAUCAUGAAUGACCGGAGGAGACUAUCCAACUACAGUUAACCCUUUAGCUCCCAGAAGUGAUUCACAUGUAACUUCUCCCUACAAUAUUCAUCCACCGUCCAGCAAACUGGUAUUGAGAGUACUCAAUUAUAUCAGGUAAAAAUUGUUAUCCUGAUCUAACACCAAAUUCUUGCAACUAGUUUACAAGGAAAUGAGUAGCAUCUAUAGGGGAGAAGUAACGGUCAGAUCCUGGCAGUUAAAGGGUUAAGUGAAACUUUUGCAUAUAAUGCACAGGACUCAUUUCACUGGGAUAUAGAGCCAAGUUUGAAUGCAAACGGAAAAGAGCACAAUUUGUUCCACAGGCAAACCCCUCCCAUACAAGAUUUUUGGUAGUUACGGAGGAUAUAAAAUUUACCCAAACUAGGAAGAACAACACAAUGGACAAGAAAAUAUUUUGCUUUAUUGCUACAGUGUAUUUUCAUCAUAAAAAGUACAUUCUUUCUAACUAAAAUACUGACACCUCCCAAGGUUAAAUAAUUCUAUUACUGGAAAACCUAUAAAUUAAAUUAUUUUUGUGAAAUUUCACGAUAACAGCAUAAUGUGCAAUCCAUCACCUAAACCAUCUUGACCACACCUUUGAAUGAUUUACUUAGACUGGAUAUUUUUAAUUAAAAUUGGAAACCUAGAGUUCAAUUCUUGAAAACAUAAUGUAAGUGAUGCCCAAGUAAUAGCACAA